GAGCCUUCCGCCCGGAAGCGGGGCGCCCGCCACUAUGGCUUCUCGUGGCGUUGUUGGCGUUUUCCUCCUUGCUGCUCUCCCGCUCUUGUGUUUGGAGCUCCGGCGUGGGAUCCCAGAUCUGGGAAUCAAAGAUCUAAUUUUGCUGUGUGGCCGGAUUUUCUUACUGCUUACUCUCCUUACAUUAAUUAUUUCUGUGACCACCUCAUGGGUUAACUCGUUUAAAUCUUCCCAAGUUUAUCUGAAAGAAGAAGAAGAAGAGAAGAAUGAGAAAAGGCAAAAACUUGUGAGGAAAAAACAGCAAGAGGCACAGGGUGAAAAGGCCAGCAGAUACAUAGAGAAUGUUCUAAAACCACACCAGGAAAUGAAAUUGAAAAAGCUGGAAGAACGCUUUUAUCGUAUGACGGGUGAAACCUGGAAGUUAAGCAAUGGUCAUAAACUUGGGGGUGAUGAAGAUUUGGUGCUUGAAAGUGAGAGUCAAACAUCUUCUGAAACAGCAAACAGAGAAGCAGCAAAGAGACGGAACUUGCCUAAGCCUGUAACCAAAGUUUCACCAGCCGCUGAACAGCCCACGCAGAAGGAGGUUCUUGAUUUACCUGAAGAACCUCCUGAAAUAGCUGAAGAAGUCGUGACCGUUGCUCUUCGAUGUCCAAGUGGGCGUGUCCUGAGGAGAAGGUUUUUUAAGUCUUGCAGUUCACAGGUCUUGUUUGACUGGAUGAUGAAAAUUGGGUACCACACAUCCCUAUACAGCCUUUCCACUUCCUUUCCCAGAAGGACUCUGGAAGUGGAAAGAGGCUGGUCACUGCAGGACGUAGGAAUAACUGUGGAUACUGUACUCAACGUGGAAGAGAAAGAACAGAGCAGCUAGUUAAGAAAUGCGAACUACCUGUUCUACGUUAAAUCAGUAAUGCCAUGACCUUACAGGACAAUAAAGGAUUCACAUUAAAAUCAUGCCAUACCUUGAUUGCACUCAAGGCGGUAAACACUUCAAUGUUGAUCUCCAUGGAAAUAUAUGGACAUAAAGGAUUAGAAAAGGAUUGCUCUCCGCAUGUAAUAAUUUUUGGAGUGUGCCAUUGUGCAGUGUACCAAAUGAGGACGAGAUAGAAGUUUAUACAGUAAGGUGCUCAGUAAUUUGUAUUUUUGCUAGCUGAUGCCAUUUAUCAGUUUCUGCCUCUUCAAUCUGUUUUGCCACAUUGAACAUUUCACAGUUCAGCCAAGCUCUUUAAAGCCUUAUCAGCAGGAAUGUUUUUUCUGCUGUAAUUCUAGAAAUUAAACUUCGAAGACGUGUCAAAGCU